AGCACAGCCAGCCUCGGCACACAGACGUUGUACGAGCCUCACCGUGUGAACACUAACCAUGGCUGAAGGAGGAGAAGGCGAGGAUGAAAUCCAGUUCUUGCGUACUGAUGAUGAAGUGGUCUUACAAUGCUCAGCUACAAUCCACAAGGAGCAACAAAAACUUUGUCUUGCUGCUGAAGGCUUUGGGAACAGACUCUGCUUCCUCGAGUCCAUUUCAAACUCCAAGAAUGUACCUCCAGAUCUGUCAAUCUGCACUUUUGUGCUGGAGCAGUCACUGUCUGUACGAGCCCUGCAGGAGAUGCUGGCCAACACCCAAGAGAACGCGGAUGGGAUGGCCCAGGGAGGAGGUCAUAGGACUCUACUGUACGGACACGCUGUGCUCCUGCGACACUCCUACAGUGGAAUGUACCUGUGUUGCCUGUCCACCUCGCGUUCAUCCACAGACAAACUGGCUUUUGACGUGGGGCUGCAGGAAGAUACCACAGGCGAGGCAUGCUGGUGGACCAUCCAUCCAGCAUCAAAGCAGCGCUCAGAGGGAGAAAAGGUUAGAGUGGGAGAUGAUCUCAUCCUGGUCAGCGUCUCCUCUGAAAGAUAUCUGCACCUGUCCUAUGGUAAUGGCAGUCUCCAUGUCGAUGCAGCCUUCCAGCAGACACUGUGGAGUGUGGCUCCCAUCUGUUCUGGGAGUGAAGUAGCACAAGGUUUCCUUAUUGGAGGAGAUGUUCUGCGCCUACUUCACGGUCACAUGGACGAGUGCCUAACAGUUCCUUCUGGGGAGCAUGGAGAUGAGCAAAGGCGGACAGUGCAUUACGAAGGCGGAGCAGUGUCCUGUCAUGCCAGGUCACUGUGGAGGCUGGAGACACUGCGAGUCGUGUGGAGUGGGAGUCAUAUCCGUUGGGGUCAGCCAUUCAGACUGAGACAUGUGACCACAGGGAAGUAUCUGAGCAUGGUAGAAGACAAGUCUCUGUUGCUGAUGGACAAAGAGAAAGCUGAUGUCAAGUCUACAGCCUUCUGCUUCAGGUCUUCCAAGGAAAAGCUGGACCUGGGUGUGAGGAAGGAUGUGGAUGGGAUGGGGACUCCUGACAUAAAGUAUGGUGACUCUGUGUGUUACAUUCAACAUGUUGACACCUGUCUGUGGCUUACUUACCAGACUGUUGAUGCCAAGUGUGCACGCAUGGGUGGAGUACAGAGAAAGGCAAUCAUGCAUCAUGAGGGGCACAUGGAUGAUGGGCUGACACUAUCGCGAUCACAGCACGAGGAGAGCCGCACUGCAAGGGUCAUCCGCAGUACUGUCUUCCUGUUCAACUGCUUCAUCAGGGGUCUGGACAUACUAAGAAAGAAAGGAAGGAGCUUUACUUUGGAUCUGCCAAUAGACUCAGUUAGCCUGAGCCUCCAGGAUCUAAUUGGUUACUUCCAACCGCCUGGAGAUCACCUAGAACAUGAAGACAAGCAGAACCGACUGCGAGCUCUGAAGAACCGUCAGAACCUCUUUCAGGAAGAGGGGAUGAUCAGCCUGGUCUUGGAGUGCAUUGAUCGGCUUCACGUCUACAGUAGUGCAGCUCAUUUUGCGGAGGCAGUUGGAAAGGAGGCUGGAGAGGCCUGGAGCGCCAUUCUCAACUCCCUGUACCAGCUACUGGCUGCACUCAUCAGAGGGAACAGGAAGAACUGUGCCCAGUUCUCUGGUUCACUGGACUGGCUCAUUAGCAGACUGGAGCGACUGGAGGCUUGCUCUGGUAUAUUGGAGGUGCUUCACUGUGUACUGGUGGAGAGUCCUGAAGCACUUAACAUAAUCAAAGAGGAACAUAUCAAGUCUAUCAUAUCUCUGUUGGACAAACAUGGUCGGAACCACAAGGUUCUAGACGUGCUAUGUUCAUUGUGUGUGUGUCACGGCGUGGCAGUGCGCUCUAACCAGCACCUGAUCUGUGACAACCUGCUGCCAGGAAGAGAUUUAUUACUGCAGACCCGCCUGAUCAACCACAUAAGCAGCAUGCGUCCCAACAUCUUUUUGGGCGUCAGUGAGGGCUCUGCCCAGUACAGGAAGUGGUACUACGAGCUGAUUGUGGAUCAGGUUUUGCCAUUUGUCACAGCAGAGGCCACUCACCUGAGGGUGGGUUGGGGCAACACCAAUGGCUAUGCACCGUACCCCAGUGGAGGAGAGGGGUGGGGAGGCAACGGGGUGGGUGAUGACCUCUAUUCCUAUGGCUUUGAUGGACUCCAUCUUUGGUCAGGCUGCAUUGCGCGGACUGUUAGCUCACCCAAUCAGCGUCUCCUUCGAUCAGAGGAUGUGGUGAGCUGCUGCCUGGACCUCAGUGUGCCCAGUAUCUCCUUCAGAAUCAAUGGCCAGCCGGUUCAGGGCAUGUUUGAGAACUUCAACUCUGAUGGCCUUUUCUUCCCAGUGGCGAGCUUCUCUGCUGGGGUCAAGGUGCGAUUUCUCCUUGGUGGGCGUCAUGGCGAGUUUAAGUUCCUCCCUCCUCCCGGUUAUGCCCCUUGCUAUGAAGCAGUGUUGCCCAGGGAGAAGCUGAAACUGGAGGCUAGUCAGGAUCAGACUGCCACCAGAGACCUGCUGGGACCCACUGUCACUUUGAGCCAGGCAGCAUUCACCCCGAUACCUGUAGACACCAGCCAGAUUAUUUUGCCACCUCACUUGGAAAGGAUCAGAGAAAAACUAGCAGAAAACAUCCAUGAACUCUGGGUGAUGAACAAGAUAGAAUUAGGCUGGAUCUAUGGUGCAGUGCGGGAUGAUAAUAAGCGGCAGCACCCAUGUCUGGUGGAGUUCUCCAAGCUUCCUGAACAGGAACGAAGCUACAAUCUACAGAUGUCUCUGGAAACUCUCAAAACUCUCCUGGCUCUGGGUUGCCAUGUUGGCCUAGCAGAUGAACACGCUGUAGAGAAAGUCAAGAACAUGAAACUUUCAUCAACCUAUGAGUUAUCCAGUGGUUAUAAACCUGCUCCUCUGGAUCUGAGUCACAUCAAAUUGACCUCCACCCAGGAAGCUAUGGUGGACAAGCUAGCUGAGAAUGCACACAAUGUUUGGGCAAGAGAUCGCAUCCGCCAGGGCUGGACCUAUGGCAUACAACAGGAUGUAAAGAACCGUAGAAACCCUCGUCUGGUCCCCUACACUCUGCUGGAUGAGAGAACCAAAAAGUCCAACAAAGACAGUCUGAGAGAGGCUGUCAGGACUCUCCUGGGAUAUGGAUACAAUCUUGAAGCUCCUGACCAAGACCAUGCAGCUGAAUCUGGCUUGAGUAACAUGUCGGCUGAGAGGUUCCGCAUUUUCAGAGCAGAAAAAACAUACUGUGUUAAUACUGGGAAGUGGUACUUUGAGCUGGAGGUUCUAACAGCUGGAGAGAUGAGGGUCGGCUGGGCCAGGCCAGGAUGUCUACCAGACCAGGAACUGGGCUCUGAUGAUCAGGCAUUUGUCUUUGAUGGCUUCAAGGUGCAGCGCUGGCACCAAGGUAAUGAACACUUUGGGCGAGCCUGGCAGAUAGGAGAUGUGGUGGGCUGCAUGGUGGAUCUGAAUGAGCACACCAUGAUGUUCACACUGAAUGGAGAAGUGCUGCUGGAUGAUUCUGGAUCAGAGCUGGCCUUCAAGGACUUUGAUGUCGGUGAAGGUUUUAUACCAGUUUGCAGCCUGGGUGUGUGUCAGGCUGGGAGAAUGAACUUUGGUAAAGAUGUCAGCACUUUAAAGUACUUCACCAUUUGUGGCCUACAAGAAGGCUAUGAGCCUUUUGCUGUUAACAUGAACCGGGAUGUCACCAUGUGGGUUAGCAAGAGGCUCCCUCAGUUUGUACCAGUACCCCCCCACCACCAACACAUCGAGGUGACGAGGAUAGACGAGACAACAGAGUCAUGUCCAUGCCUGAAGGUCACUCAGAAGUCCUUUGGCUCACAGAACAGCUACUCCGACAUUACCUUCUACAGACUUAGCAUGCCCAUAGAAUGUGCCGAAACCAGGUGCCCACCAAACGGCAGCCUCUUCUCACCAAAGAGGGAGUUGGAGGACUUUGAAAAUGUGUCAGACUUUGAGGUCCUGAUGAAGUCAUCUCACAGUCAUAAUGGUCCCAACGGACCCGAGAGAGAUGAAUUCAACAACCACAAAGAUUAUAACCAGGAGAAGCCCUCCAAGCUCAAACAGCGGUUGACGCUGAAGAGAAACAAGCCAGACAACAGCUGUCCCUCAUCUGCUCGUGUAUCGGAGGAGGUGAUGGCUGAUGACAGAGUUAGCGCUGAUUUCCUCAUGCAAGCCUCCACUUACUACUAUUCAGUGCGGAUCUUCCCAGGUCAGGAGCCCAGCAGUGUUUGGGUAGGCUGGGUGACUUCUGACUUCCAUCAGUACGACCCGUGCUUUGAGCUGCACAAGGUCCGGACUGUCACGGUUACCCUGGGAGAUGAAAAAGGCAAAGUUCAUGAGAGCAUAAAGCGCAGCAACUGUUACAUGGUGUGGGGUGGAGAAAGCAGCAGCCCCAGUCAGGGGAGGAACAACGGCUUAGAGAUUGGCUGUCUGGUUGACACUACAAACGGUCUGCUGACAUUCACAGCCAAUGGCAAAGAACUCAGCACAUACUACCAGGUGGAACCCAGUACUAAGCUCUUCCCUGCAGUCUUUGCAAAGGCCACAAGUCCUAAUGUCUUCCAGUUUGAACUGGGUCAUAUUAAGAAUGUGAUGCCUCUAUCAGCUGGUCUGUUUAAGAGUGAGAAGAAGAACCCAGUUUCCCAGUGUCCUCCACGGCUACACGUACAGUUUCUUACUCCUGUUUCAUGGAGUCGCGUUUCCAACCACUUCCUUAAGGUCUCAGUAUCCAGAGCAAAUGAUCGACAUGGCUGGCUGGUGCAGUGUAACAAACCUCUGCAGUUCAUGUCUCUGCACAUACCUGAGGAGAACAGGUCGUUGGAUAUCCUAGAACUGUCAGAGCAGAAGGACUUAUUAAAGUUUCACUACCAUACCCUCAGACUGUACUCUGCCAUCUGUGCUCUGGGAAACAACCGAGUAGCUCAUGCCCUCUGCUCCCACGUGGAUGAGGCACAGCUCCUUUACGCUAUAGAGAAUAAAUAUAUGCCAGGUCUUCUUCGUGCUGGCUACUAUGACCUCCUCAUCGACAUCCACCUGAGCAGCUAUGCUACAGCUCGCCUCAUGAUGAACAACGAGUACAUUGUUCCCAUGACGAAUGACACAAAGAGCAUCACUCUGUUUCCAAAUGAAAAGAAGAAACAUGGCCUGCCAGGCAUUGGACUCAGCACCUCUUUGAGACCCAGAAUGCACUUCACAUCCCCAAAUUUUGUAUCCAGGCCCAGACCAUCGUGCUCUAACAACGGCAACAGUGGAUCAGGAGAUUGUUUCCAGUACAGCCCUGAAUUCCCCUUACAUAUACUGAAAGUGAAAACCAUUGAGAUGUUGACAGAGGCAGUACGGGAGGGAAGCAUGCACGUACGGGACCCAGUAGGAGGAAGCACUGAGUUUCUAUUUGUUCCACUCAUCAAGCUGUUAUAUACUAUGCUCAUCAUGGGCGUUUUCCAAAACGGAGAUCUGAAGAAUAUCCUCCGACUGAUUGAACCUUCUGUGUUCUGCGAACGACGCAAUGAGCAGGAUGCACGUUGCAUGGAGUUGGAGGUCCUAAAGAAGGGUGAAGCCGAAGGAGGAGGAAAGGAGGGGGUGCUGAAUGUCCCCAAAGAAGGACUAUUAGAGAUGAAGCUGCCAGAGCCUGUAAAACUCCAGAUGUGUCAUGUGCUACAGUACCUGUGUGACUGUCAGGUGCGCCAUCGUAUCGAGGCAGUGGUGGCCUUCUCUGAUGACUUUGUGGCUUGCCUCCAAGAAAACCAACGAUUUCGUUACAAUGAGGUGAUGCUGGCACUCAACAUGUCUGCAGCCCUUACUGCCAAGAAGACCAAAGAGUUCAGAUCUCCCCCACAGGAACAGAUCAACAUGCUGUUAAACUUUAAGGAUGAGAAGCAGGAGUGUCCCUGUCCUGAAUACAUCCGAGAACAGCUGCUAGACUUCCAUGAAGAUCUGAUGAGGCACUGUGGUAUAGAGUUGGAUGAGGAGAGAGGCAUAAGCUGUGACAGUGACUUCACCAUACGAGGUCGACUCAUGUCACUGGUGGAGAAAGUGGCUUAUCUAAAGAAGAAGAUGGCCAACCUGCCAAAGGAAAAAAAAGACAGGAAACCCAGUACCUUACAGCAGCUCAUUUCUGAUACGAUGGUGCGCUGGGCUCAGGAGUCAGUUAUAGAGGAUCCAGAGCUGGUCAGAGCUAUGUUCGUCCUACUUCACCGCCAGUAUGAUGGCAUUGGUGGACAGGUGCGGGCUCUUCCUAAAACCUACACUAUAAACUCAGUAUCAAUCGAGGACACCAUCAACCUGUUAGCGGCUCUCGGUCAGAUCAGAUCUCUGCUGAGUGUGCGCAUGGGAAGAGAGGAGGAGAAACUGAUGAUCAGAGGCCUGGGAGAUAUCAUGAACAACAAAGUGUUUUACCAACAUCCUAACCUGAUGAGAGCGUUGGGAAUGCACGAGACUGUUAUGGAGGUCAUGGUCAAUGUGCUCAGUGGAGGAGACUCCAAGGAAAUCACCUUUCCAAAAAUGGUGGCCAACUGUUGUCGUUUUCUAUGUUACUUCUGUCGAAUCAGCCGUCAGAACCAGAAAGCCAUGUUUGACCAUCUGAGUUAUCUGCUGGAGAACAGCAGUGUUGGCCUGGCAUCUCCAUCUAUGCGAGGAUCCACUCCCCUGGAUGUGGCUGCAGCAUCAGUCAUGGAUAAUAAUGAGCUUGCCCUUGCUUUAAGAGAGCCAGACCUGGAGAAGGUGGUGCAAUAUCUAGCUGGGUGUGGGCUGCAGAGCUGUGUGAUGCUGGUCCGUAAGGGAUACCCUGACAUUGGCUGGAACCCUGUGGAGGGGGAACGAUACCUUGACUUCCUGCGCUUUGCUGUCUUCUGCAAUGGUGAAAGUGUGGAGGAGAAUGCCAAUGUUGUGGUAAGGCUCCUUAUUCGUCGACCAGAAUGUUUUGGCCCGGCUCUUCGAGGUGAAGGCGGUGACGGGUUAUUGGCAGCAAUGGAGGAGGCCAUUAAAAUCUCUCAGGAUCCCUCCAGAGAUGGUCCGUCUCCUAUGUCUGAGAGCAGCAAGGCACUUGACAUGCCAGGGGAAGAGGAAGAUGAUACUAUUCACAUGGGAAAUGCCAUCAUGACCUUCUACGCUGCUCUCAUUGACCUGCUGGGCCGCUGUGCUCCAGAGAUGCAUCUGAUCCAUGCUGGUAAAGGUGAAGCUAUCCGUAUCAGAGCCAUUUUGAGGUCUCUUAUUCCUAUUGAAGACUUGGUGGGAGUCAUCAGUAUUCCAUUCUCUAUGCCUAACCUGGCUAAAGAUGGGUUGGUUGUGGAGCCGGACAUGUCAGCAGGUUUCUGCCCAGACCACAAAGCAGCCAUGGUGCUGUUCCUGGACCGUGUCUAUGGUAUAGAAGACCAGAAUUUUCUUCUCCACCUUUUGGAGGUUGGGUUCUUACCAGACCUGAGGUCUGCUGCCUCUCUGGACACUGUUGCUCUGAGUGCCACAGACAUGGCACUGGCACUCAACAGGUAUCUGUGUACAGCAGUGCUGCCUCUCCUGACUAAAUGUGCGCCACUGUUUGCGGGGACGGAGCCGUUCGCCUCACUAAUUGACUCCCUGCUUCAUACGGUUUAUCGCCUGUCCAAAGGCUGCUGCCUCACCAAAGCUCAGAGGGACUCCAUAGAGGAGUGUCUGCUUGCUGUUUGUGGUAAGCUAAGGCCUUCAAUGAUGCAGCACCUACUCAGGAGGCUGGUGUUUGAUGUUCCUCUACUUAAUGAGCACACCAAGAUGCCUCUGAAGCUGUUGACCAAUCACUACGAGCGUUGCUGGAAGUACUACUGUUUGGCUGGAGGUUGGGGCAAUUUUGGAGUAGCAUCAGAUGAAGAGCUGCACCUCUCUAGGAAAAUGUUCUGGGGAAUAUUUGAUGCCCUGUCCCACAAGCAGUACGACCAGGAGCUAUUUAAACUGGCGCUGCCAUGUCUUAGUGCUGUGGCUGGAGCUCUUCCUCCAGAGUAUAUGGAGUCCAACUACAUGGCCAUGAUGGAGAAACAGUCGUCUAUGGACUCAGAAGGAAACUUCACACCACAGCCUGCAGACACCACCAAUGUGACUGUUCCAGAGAAACUGGAUUAUUUUAUAACCAGAUAUGCAGAGCACAUCCAUGAGAAGUGGUGUAUAGAAAAGUUUUCCAAUGGCUGGUCAUAUGGAGACCAGAUGUGUGAAAUCAGCAAGAACCAUCCACUCCUGAAACCAUACAAAAGCCUGUCUGAAAAGGAUAAAGAGACGUACUGCUGGCCCAUCAGAGAGUCUCUGAAGACCAUGCUUUCAUGGGGUUGGAGCAUUGACAGGAUCAGAGAGGGAGACUCUGUCAACCUUCACAACAAGCCCAGAAGGAUAUCACAGGCCAGUCAGCUUUCUUUUGAAGGAGCUUCGGCUUUCAGUCCAAGACCCACUGAUAUGAGUAAUGUGACAUUGUCCAGAGACUUGCAGUCAAUGGCAGAGCUGCUUGCAGAGAAUUAUCAUAAUAUCUGGGCCAGGAAAAAGAAACUGGAGCUGGAAGCCAGAGGUGGAGGAAACCACCCACUGCUGGUUCCUUACGACACAUUGACUGCCAAAGAAAAAUCCAAAGACAGAGAAAAAGCACAAGAUAUCCUUAAGUUCCUCCAAAUCAAUGGUUACAUUGUGUCCAGAGGUGUGCAGUCACAGGAGCUAGACACUCCUGCCAUAGAGAAACGAUUUGCCUACACCUUUCUCCAGCAGAUCAUCACCUAUGUGGACCAGGCACACCAACACAUGAUGGAGUUUGAUGUGGGAACACGACCAAAGGGAGAGAAGAUUCCUCAUGAGCAGCAGAUCAAGUUCUUUGGAAAGGUCGUCCUGCCGUUGGUGGAUCAGUACUUUAAAAACCACAGGCUGUACUUCUUGUCCACGGCCAUCCAUCCCAUCUGCAGUGGUGGCCAUGCCUCUAACAAGGAGAAGGAAAUGGUGACCAGUCUUUUCUGCAAACUGGGAGUUCUUGUCAGACAUAGGAUAUCCUUGUUUGGGAACAAUGCCACUUCCAUUGUCAACUGUCUGCAGAUACUGGGACAAAGCCUGGAUGCCAGGACAGUGAUGAAGACGGGCCUGGAGUCAGUGAAGGCGGCUUUACGGUCAUACUUCGACAGCGCAGCGAAGGAUCUGGAGAAGACUCAGGAGAACCUGAAGCUCGGUCAGUUCACUCACAGCAGGGACCAACCACGAGGAGCAACUCAGAUCAUCAACUACACCACCUUCGCCCUGCUCCCCGUCCUCUCCUCACUGUUUGAACACAUUGGACAGAACAUGUUUGGAGAAGACCUCAUUUUGGGUGAUGUCCAGGUUUCCUGCUACAGAAUCCUUAACAGCCUCUUCCUUCUGGGAACCAACAAAAGCAUCUAUGUUGAGAGACAACGUCCAGCAAUGGGAAAGUGUUUAGCAGCCUUCGCAGCAGCAUUCCCUGUUGCCUUUCUUGAGCCUCACAUGAACAAGUUUAACAGCUUUUCCAUCUAUAACAGCAAAGGAAGCAAAGACAGAGCAGCUCUAGGCCUUCCUGGGCAGGUUGGGGAGGUUUGUUCACUGAUCCCCAAUUUGGAGAAGUCUUUGGAGGAAAUUGUAGAGCUAGCAGAGUCCGGCAUGAAGUACACACAGAUGCCUCAUGUUAUGGAGGUGGUCUUGCCGAUGUUGUGCAGCUAUAUGUCUCACUGGUGGGAACAUGGACCGGAAAGCGACCCAGACAAAGCCAACAACUGCUGCACCUCUGUGACCUCUGAAUACAUGAACACUCUGCUGGGAAACAUUCUCAAGAUCAUCUACAACAACCUGGGAAUAGAUGAGGGCGCCUGGAUGAAGAGACUGGCUGUCUUCUCCCAGCCAAUUAUCAGCAAAGCCAAACCUCAGCUGUUAAAGACCCACUUCUUGCCCUUGAUGGAGAAACUCAAAAAAAAAGCAGCUGUUGUGCUGAUGGAUGAAGAACAUAGCAAGGCGGAGGGGAGGGGUGAGAUGUCAGAGACAGAGCUUCUCAUCAUGGACCAAUUUACUAUCCUGGUCAGAGACCUGUAUGCCUUCUACCCUCUCCUCAUACGAUUCGUUGACUACAACAGGGCCAGAUGGCUUAAAGAGUCCAAUCCAGAGGCAGAGGAGCUGUUCCGAAUGGUGGCUGAGGUUUUUAUCUUCUGGGCCAAGUCUCACAACUUCAAGAGAGAAGAGCAGAACUUUGUGGUCCAGAAUGAAAUUAACAACAUGUCCUUCCUUAUCACUGACACCAAGUGCAAGAUGUCAAAGGGAAUAGUUUCAGACCAGGAGAGGAAGAAGAUGAAGAGAAAAGGUGAUCGAUACUCGAUGCAGACAAGUUUGAUUGUUGCUACUCUAAAGCGCCUGCUGCCCGUGGGACUCAACAUUUGUGCUCCAGGAGAACAAGAGCUUAUCGCACUGGCUAAGAACCGCUUCACUCAGAAAGACACAGAGGACGAAGUUCGAGAGGUCAUCAGGAACAACCUACAUUUACAAGGAAAGUCAGAGGACCCAGCAAUUCGUUGGCAGAUGGCUCUGUACAGAGACCUCCCAAACCACUAUGAGGAUACUACUGACCCAGAGAAGACUGUGGAGAGAAUCCUGGAUAUUGGUCAUGUCCUCUUCCACCUGGAGCAGGUGGAGCAUCCUCAGCGCAGUAAGAAGGCUGUGUGGCACAAACUGCUUUAAUUUGAAGAUAAACUCAUAGAAGACCUCGCUAAACCAGGUGAACAGGAGCCAUCUGAGGAAGAGGAGGGGCAGAAACACAAACACAUAGAUCCCCUGCAUCAGCUCAUCCAGCUGUUCAGCAGAACAGCCCUAACAGAAAAAUGUAAACUGGAUGAGGAUCAUCUCUACAUGGUCACGAACCUCAUGGCUAAGAGUUGCCAUGAUGAAGAGGAUGACGAUGGAGAAGUGAAGAGUUUUGAAGAAAAAGAGAUGGAGAAGCAGAAGCUGUUGUAUCAGCAGGCUCGGCUGCACGACCGUGGCGCUGCUGAGAUGGUGCUCCAAACCAUCAGUGCUAGUAAAGGUAAGUCUUGCCUAUCGCCCCCUACUCUUUACUUUGUAAAAGGUUUUGUCAUCACCCUGGGUGGACAGCCAGUGCACUACAGCUGCUGGCUACAGUGGGACCUCACGGGGCCUCCUCCUCCGGGCCCGGACAAGCCAACUUGCUGCCAGCUGCGGCUGCCACACCAGCUCCUGCGGCGCCAGAAAAUGUUAGAUUAUUUGAAGGACAAGAAGGACGUGGGCUUCUUUCAGAGUCUGGCUGGUCUCAUGCAGUCAUGCAGUGUUCUGGAUCUAAAUGCAUUUGAGAGGCAAAAUAAAGCAGAGGGACUGGGAAUGGUGACAGAGGAAGGAUCAGGUGAGAAGGUCAUGCAGGAUGAUGAGUUCACUUGUGACCUUUUCCGCUUCCUGCAGCUGCUCUGUGAAGGACACAACUCAGACUUUCAGAACUACUUGAGGACUCAAACGGGGAACAACACAACCGUUAACAUCAUUAUCUCCACUGUUGACUACCUUCUAAGAGUUCAGGAGUCCAUCAGUGAUUUCUACUGGUAUUAUUCUGGGAAAGAUGUGAUUGAUGAGCAGGGCCAGCGGAAUUUCUCCAAGGCAAUAAAUGUGGCCAAGCAGGUUUUCAAUACCCUCACUGAGUACAUCCAGGGUCCAUGCACCGGCAACCAGCAGAGUUUAGCCCAUAGUCGACUGUGGGAUGCUGUGGUCGGCUUUCUACAUGUUUUUGCUCACAUGCAGAUGAAAUUGUCUCAGGACUCCAGUCAGAUCGAGUUACUGAAGGAACUGAUGGAUCUGCAGAAAGACAUGGUGGUUAUGCUGCUGUCUAUGUUAGAGGGUAAUGUGGUGAAUGGGACCAUUGGAAAGCAGAUGGUGGAUAUGUUGGUUGAGUCCUCCAACAAUGUAGAGAUGAUCCUGAAGUUCUUCGACAUGUUCCUGAAACUGAAGGACCUGACCUCCUCAGAUGGGUUCAAGGAAUAUGACCCUGACGGAAAAGGUGUCAUCUCCAAGAGGGACUUUCAUAAGGCCAUGGAGAGCCAUAAACACUACACCCAGUCAGAGACGGAGUACCUGCUGUCAUGUGCUGAACCUGAUGAGAAUGAACUUCUUGACUAUGAAGAGUUUGUGGAGCGCUUUCAUGAGCCAGCCAAGGACAUUGGCUUCAACGUGGCGGUUUUGCUGACCAACCUGUCAGAGCACAUGCCUCAUGACACCCGGCUGCAGACUUUCCUGGAGUUGGCAGAAAGUGUCCUCAAUUACUUCCAACCAUACCUAGGCCGUAUCGAGAUCAUGGGAAGUGCAAAGCGGAUCGAGAGAGUCUACUUUGAGAUCAGCGAGUCCAGUCGUACACAGUGGGAAAAACCUCAGGUAAAGGAAUCCAAGCGUCAGUUCAUCUUUGAUGUGGUGAAUGAAGGAGGGGAGAAAGAGAAGAUGGAGCUGUUUGUGAAUUUCUGUGAGGACACCAUAUUUGAAAUGCAGCUGGCGGCUCAGAUGUCUGACGCUGGCGAGCGCUCGGCGAUGAAAGAGGAGAGCGAGCGUGAGAAGCCAGAUGAGGAGAGCCCCGAUGUGGGUUUCUUUUCUGUCACCACUGUCUACAUGGCACUACUAGCACUUCGAUACAACAUCAUGCUGCUAAUAAAGGUACUGUCCGUGAAGAGCUUAAAGAAGCAAAUGAAGAAGAUAAAGAACAUGACUGUGAAGGACAUGGUAACCACCCUGGUCUCCACCUACUGGUCGGUGUUGUUGGGGCUCCUCCAUGUGGCAUUCAAUGUGGCUCGAGGAUUUUGCAGAAUCUUCUACAACACUUUCAUUGGAGAAAACCUGGUGGAGGGGGCCAAGACCAUAAAGGUGUCAGAGCUGUUGGCCAAUAUGCCAGACCCUACUCAGGACGAGGUACGCGGUGAGGGGGAGAACAGGGAGAAAAGAUCAUCUGAUCACAGCUCAACCGGGGAAGACUUGGCUGACCUGACAGUCAAUACCAGUGAGACAGAGCUGCUGUCAGACAUUUUUGGUCUGGACUUAAGAAGGGAAGGGGGCCAGUACAAAAUCACCCCCCAUAACCCCAAUGCCAGCUUUACUGAACUUCUCAACUCCCCGGUUCCCCUUCCAACUCCAUCUACAGCACCCCAACCUGAAGUCAGAUGGAGACAUCAGUCAAAGAGCUCUGCCUCAGAGGAGAUGGAAUCAAAACUAGAGAGUAAAUGUGAACCUCAAAAAACAUCUGAAAGUGAUGAUGUAGAGAAACAAGAGAAACAGUCAAAGAACGAGACAAUGAAACCAAAAAUGAGGAGGCAUCACACCUCAAAGUCUGACGAACCUGAUGUUCAGGAGUCAGCUUUCUUAAAGAAGAUCAUUGCCUACCAGAGGAAACUGCUGAACUACUUCGCCAGAAACUUUUACAACAUGAGGAUGUUGGCUCUGUUUGUUGCCUUUGCAAUAAACUUUAUCCUUCUGUUCUAUAAGGUUUCUACAUCCUCAUCAGUGACUGAGGAGAGGGAAGUUGCGCACACCAGCCAUUCAGAGAGCAGCAUUCAGUGGGAUCCACUAGGUGGAGCAACUGUGGAUGCAAAGGAAGAGGUGAUGGAUCAGACCAGCAUGCCCCAGAAGCCUGUCACCGUUCGUUUUGUCCUGGAAGAGAGCAGUGGCUACAUGGAGCCCAUGUUACGGAUCCUUGCUGUCCUGCACACGGUCAUCUCCUUCUUCUGCAUCAUUGGAUACUAUUGUCUUAAGGUGCCACUGGUGAUCUUUAAGCGUGAAAAGGAGGUCGCUAGGAAGCUGGAAUUUGAUGGCCUUUAUAUAACAGAGCAACCAUCAGAAGAUGACAUCAAAGGACAGUGGGACAGACUGGUAAUCAACACACAAUCUUUCCCCAAUAACUACUGGGAUAAAUUUGUGAAGAGAAAGGUGAUGGAUAAAUAUGGGGAGUUUUAUGGCCAUGACCGAAUCAGUGAGCUGCUGGGACUGGACAAAGCUGCUCUGGACUUCAGCGAUGCUCACAAAAAGAGAAAACCCAGGAAAGACAGCUCGCUUGCUGCAGUGUUGAACUCUGUUGACGUCAAGUACCAGAUCUGGAAGCUGGGGGUUGUGUUCACAGACAAUUCCUUCCUGUAUCUGGCCUGGUAUAUGACCAUGUCCAUUCUGGGUCACUAUAACAACUUCUUCUUUGCUGCCCAUCUACUGGACAUUGCCAUGGGUUUUAAGACACUGCGUACCAUUCUCUCCUCAGUCACACACAAUGGCAAACAGCUAGUGUUAACUGUUGGCCUAUUAGCAGUGGUGGUGUACCUCUACACAGUAGUGGCCUUCAACUUUUUCAGGAAGUUCUACAACAAGAGUGAAGAUGGAGAACUGCCAGAUAUGAAGUGUGAUGACAUGCUGACAUGUUACAUGUUCCACAUGUAUGUGGGAGUGCGAGCAGGUGGAGGAAUUGGUGACCAGAUUGAGGAUCCAGCUGGUGAUGAGUAUGAGAUCUACCGGAUCAUCUUCGACAUCACUUUCUUCUUCUUUGUCAUUGUAAUCCUCCUGGCUAUCAUCCAGGGGUUAAUCAUUGAUGCCUUUGGAGAGCUGAGGGAUCAGCAGGAACAAGUGAAAGAAGACAUGGAGACCAAAUGUUUUAUCUGUGGAAUAGGUAAUGACUACUUUGACACCGUGCCACACGGCUUUGAAACGCACACUCUACAGGAGCACAACUUAGCCAACUACCUAUUCUUUCUGAUGUAUCUCAUCAACAAAGAUGAAACAGAGCACACAGGCCAGGAGUCUUACGUAUGGAAAAUGUACCAGGAACGUUGUUGGGAGUUUUUCCCUGGUGACUGUUUCCGGAAACAGUAUGAGGAUCAGCUCAACUGA